AUAGAGGCUGUGUGCACAGAUCGAUGUGUGGCACCAAACAGAGGAACCCACUGCAUCCUUCCCACCCCUUGGGGGACACAUGAGGUGCUGACAUCACAGGAUCACAGGAUCCUGUCCAAAAGGGAAACUGAAAGCAGCUCUGCGGCCACUCCCUGUCCGCACUGCAGUCUCAUUGUCCCCAAGCUGCUCCUGCCUCAUGGCACCAAUGGUGCUGGCCCUCAUCCUGGGUUGGUGUCUGUUGGCAGCCAGCAGUGCUCAGCAGUUGCCCCGACCCUCCCUGUGGCUGCACCCCAGCCAAGGGGUGGCUGUGGGGGACACUGUCACCCUGCGCUGCCACCUACCCCAGCUAGCUGCCUGGGUCCAGCUCUGGUUUAAUGGAACUUUGAGAUCUGACAAGGAAAAAGAUGAGGAGCAAGAUACAGUUGAGUUCUCCUUGGUUGUCACAAACCUGGAAGACGUGGGGACAUAUCAGUGUCGGUACCAGGUGUCAGAGCCACUGUGGACAUCGAAUAUGAGUGACCCCGUGGAACUGGUGGUGACAGGUGCCAAGGGGCCAUCCCGUGGGAACCAGGUGGUGGCGGUGGAGAGGUGCUGUGCUGCUGUCUUCGUCUUCUGCCUGGGCCUCUACUUCGUGCUUGAUGCCCGCAGCCUCUGGACACAGAGAGAUGAGAGCCCUGGUGUCCCCCCAGCAAUGACUGAGGACUUGGAGAUCCAGGUAAGUGCCUGUGGUAGCGGACCCCAAAUCCCAACCUACCCCUUGGGGCCCACACUGGACAUCAACAUGGAAACCCAAAUUUUCACCAUGGGGACCUCAAAUGACCCCCAGCCCCAUAUGGCUUACCCUGACAUUUAUGUGCACCACCCGUAUCCAGACCAUGGGAAUCCCAUAUCUGCACUAUGGGAAAUCCCCCACCCCACAAUUCUAAAUACCCAGACCCACGGAAGCCCUACAAGCCUUAAACAACCCCACAACCCCAUGGGCACCCACAACCCACAGGUAGAGGGACUCUAAAUGCAGCCACAAGGAUGCCCAAUGACCCAUGGGGACCCCAAAACCAUAGAUGGA